UCCCCGUGCUGGCACCACAGGAGAGCGAGAACGUCACCGAGAUGUAAGUAAGAUCUACAUUGAAUAUCAACCAAACCUGGAAAACAUUACGGAGACAGAUCUCGGCAGCUAUAAAGAGCUGAAGAAUCUCACGAUCAUUAACUGUCGGCUUGUACACAUCUCUGUGAAGGCUUUUCAGUCUAACCUCAAGCUUCAGCAUGUGAACCUGGCUUCCAACUCCCUAGAACACAUCAGCUGGAGGGUGUUCCAUAAUCUUCCACUUCUAAACCUCAUUCUAAGGGACAACCCCCUGUCCUGCUCCUGUGAUAUCUAUUGGCUCCAGCAAUGGCAGAAUAUUGAGCGUGGUGACCUCAUUAGCCAAUCAUUAACUUGCCACUCUAAUGGACAUCCGAAGCCCUUAGAGGACAUGGUGAUAGAUAAUUGCAGUAUGCCUCAGGUCUCUAUUUCUCCUCCCCAGCUGACCAUUAAAGAGGGAGGGAACUUGACCUUUGUCUGUAAGGUGACAGGUGACCCCAUCCCUACAGUCAGGUGGAACACAGAAAAUCUGGAUUCCCAUUAUACACUCCAGGAGGCGAUCAGGGGCACCACACUGGAGCUGACCCUGUAUAUGGUGAAUGUCUCUGCCAAGGACAACCUCUACAACCUGACAUGCAAGGCCGAGAACAGGGCAGGCCCUGGGGAUGAUAUGGUGCUGCUGGACAUUCAAUUUCCUGUGAGGAUCAUAUACCUGAGAAAUGCUGAAGCACAACAUCACUGGUGCUUCCCUUUUGCUGUGGAUGGCAACCCAGCCCCCAACAUAACUUGGCUUUACAAAGGCAAACCACUAACCGAGUCAACGUUCAUCUACACCCAGUUGUUCCCAGACAGAGAAGAUGGUUCGGACCAGCAUGGCUGUCUCUUCCUCAAUAAGCCCACCCACCUCAACAAUGGCAACUACACUAUCAUAGUGCAGAAUGAGUUGGGCAGUGCCAAAGAGACAGCCAUAGGAAACUUCAUGGUCAACCCCUUCGAGCCCUCUGAUCCUGAGGGGCUUAUCCCUGUCCUGAUUGAUGAUCCAAUUCCCACCAACACAACCAAUAACCAUGUCACUGAGAACCUGGAGAGCAGGGUUUUCGGGGUGUCAGUGGCUGUCGGCCUGGCUGUGUUUGCCUGCACCUUCCUGCUGCUCAUGGUUCUGGUCAUCAACAAAUGCGGACAGCGCUCCAAAUUUGGCAUCCACCCAGAGGCAUCUGUCCUUGGCACUGAGGAUGACCUUGCAGUCUCCCUCCGCUUCAUGAACUUUGGGGCCAGCCCUCCCUCUUCAGACGAGGGCACCCUAGACUCCGGGCUGUCGAGCUUCGUCGAGAAUCCACAGUAUUUCUGUGGCAUUAUCAAGGACAAGGACAUGUGUGUUCAGCACAUUAAGCGUCAGGACAUUGUGCUCAAGUGGGAGCUGGGGGAGGGAGCAUUCGGCAAGGUCUACCUGGCAGAGUGUGCCAACCUCAGCCCUGACAGCGACAAAAUGCUGGUGGCUAUCAAGACUCUCAAGGAUGCCAAUGAGUCGACUCGGCAGGACUUCCAACGCGAGGCAGAACUGCUGACAGUCCUGCAGCACGAGCACAUUGUGCGCUUCUACGGGGUGUGUGCGGACGGAGAGCCCCUGGCCAUGGUCUUUGAGUACAUGAGGCACGGUGACCUCAACCGCUUCCUCAGAGCUCAUGGCCCUGAUGCCCGGAUUCUGGAUGAGGUCAAGAUGCCACUCUUGGGUCAGCUGACCUUGCCACAGAUGCUGCAGAUUGCUGCUCAAAUUGCCUCAGGGAUGGUCUACCUGGCCUCUUUGCACUUUGUGCACAGAGACCUAGCCACCCGAAACUGCCUGGUGGGAGAGGGUCUGGUGGUGAAGAUUGGAGACUUUGGGAUGUCCCGUGACAUAUACAGCACUGACUACUACAGGGUGGGAGGCCGGACUAUGCUUCCCAUUCGAUGGAUGCCACCAGAAAGCAUCAUGUAUAGGAAGUUCACCACAGAGAGCGACAUCUGGAGCUUUGGUGUAGUGCUCUGGGAAAUCUUCACCUACGGGAAACAGCCCUGGUACCAGCUCUCCAAUAGCGAGGCCAUAGAGUGCAUCACGCAGGGCCGGGAGCUGGAGAGACCGCGCACCUGCCCCAAAGAAGUGCACCUCCUCAUGCAGGGCUGCUGGCAGAGAGAGCCCCAGCAGAGGCUGGUCAUUAAGGACAUCCACAGCCGGCUGAUCGCCCUGGUCAAGAACCCACCCGUCUACCUGGACAUCCUGGAAUAGGAGUGGCUCGAGGGGACCGGGGUGGCAGGGCUGGUGAGGAGGUAGCCCUGGUCCUGAGCCCUGGUCCGACCCCCAAUGCACAAACACUACGGAACCCCCACGCUGCUCCAGCCUCACUGUGGCGAACCCCCUCCAUGUCCCAGACAUGGUGUGGGGCUUUGUGCUUGGGAGGUGUGAGGGGGCAGUUCCAUACUGUGAGAUGUAAUAGUUUGGUUUAUUUAGACUCUUAUGUUAUAAGUCCCAUCUGAAACUGCGGGAGGAAACAAGAAUGCUUGGGAAGGUGUAAAAGAGGCAUACUGCGACAGGAGUGAAAAACCGCCCCCUAAAUUCUCAGUGAUCUGGGGCCUGUUCCACAAAGCAGGAUUACUGCGUUAGCCAGAUAACUGUACUGUGUAAAUCUGGACCCUGCGCAAAUCUGGAGAUGGACCUCAGUAAAAAUUACUUUUACUUUGUGCAGCUAUCCAGCUAAUUCAGUAGUCCUACUUUGUGGAAUGGUGCCCUGUUCUAUACAAGCAUUCUCCUAGCAAUCUGUAUAAAACAGUGCAUUUUCAACUUCACUGCGUUCCUACAAAUGAGUUGGAAUUUCUACAGGGCCCAACAUGAUGAUACAUUUUUAUUUGAAAAUAAUUUUAUGAAAAUAGCCAAAGCAUUUGUGUACAUUUAAGUUGUACAUAUUGAUAUAACAUUCCCUGUUUUGUGCCAAGACUACUGAACUUGCUCCAACAUUUUUCAUUGAAACUGAUUUAUUAUUCAGUCUUUGACAAGCUGCAUUUAUGGAAUGUGUUUAAUUUGUAAUAUGAAUAUGAAAUUAUUGCAUGCAUAAGGGAAUUAUUUUAGUGCCACAGAGCAUCAUUGCUGAUGUGUGGUUUUGAUCAGGGACCACUCUGUCUUCUAUAUAUCAUUUUCUAUGAUUCGGCUGCUACCACACAAUCAAUUAUUUGUUUUGGUUAUAUUUCCAAAGCAACCCAAUAUUGUUGCUUUGAUACAGCAGCUUUUAAAUGCCCGAUCCUUUUGCUUUUAACUCUCCCACUGAAAACUGAUUCUUUUAAAAGCAAAUCAGAGGUCAGUCGUUUCAAGUGAAGUGCAUCGUUUCAGUAUCUACGGUGUGAUUAUUAAUGACAAUUACAAUAUUGAACGGAAGGGACCUGUACAUAAAGCCUACUCGUGUGUGAAUCAUAAAUAUUUCUUCAAGCAGAGUUCAUCAGUCAUUGUGUUUUUAAUGUAGGUAACUGUUGGAGGCAACAAUUGUAUAUAUUACCGCUUUGAUAUUGUUUACAACAGUGCUUUACAUUUAUUGAUACUUUCUGAGGUAUUUACUAACAAAACACAGUACUGUUCUAAUAUUACACACCUGUCAUGUUAGCAGUAAAGACUGCUUUGUGCCCAUAUGCUUUUUAAAUAAAUACAAUAUGUCUUCUUUGAA